UCCACAUAAUCUCAUCACCAAUUAAUUGCACACCUAAGUUCCAAAGAAUCCAAGAACAUAUUAAUCGUUAAGACAGCCAGAUCCAUCAGCAUAGCCAAAGGCCACAGAUUGAUAGAGCAGCAAGCUCCAAGUCCAAUUCUUUCCAGGAAAGAUUUUUUCUUUUCUUUUCUUGGAGAAAGCCGGCCAUGUCGUCCGCCGGCGCCGGCGGCCGGCGCGUCACCGUGAGGUCCAUCUCCUGCAGGGGCGUCAAGGCCUUUGUGCCGUUCCAGAAGCCGCCGCUCUACGUGGCCGUGUCCCUCGCCGGCCGCCGGGAGAAGACGAACGCCGACCCCGACGGCGGGGAGAACCCGGACUGGGACGGCGCCGUCUUCGCCUUCGACCUCGUCGACGGCGGCGGCGCGGGGGAGGGGGGCGGUAUGCUGCUGUUCGAGGUGAAGGCGCAGGUGCCCCUCCUCGGGAACAAGGUCGUCGGGAGGGUGUCCGUGCCGCGGGACGACCUCGCCGGCGGCGACGGCAUGGCGCCGCGGCAUGUGAGCUACCAGGUGUGCGCCGCCGACGGCAAGGCGAACGGCAAGCUCAGCUUCACCUACGCCAUCACCGGCGGCGCCGCGUACCAGCAGCCGAAGCCGCAGCUGCACCAGGCUACGAACGGCGCUCGACCGGAGCAAGAUCCACCCUCUUGCUGCGCUGCUCUUCCUCCGCCGCCGUCGGGUGCGCCGUACCCAGCUCCGGCGACGGCGAGCUAUCUGCCGCCGCCAUCGCUGUCAGCUCCGCUGUACCCGCCGCCGCCGAGCAGCUACCCUCCUCCACCACCACACUUCCCGCCGCAAAGUUUCCCACCAAACAGCAGCUACCCACCGCCGCCGCCGACGGCGACGCCACCAACACUAUACCCGCCGCUGCCGCCGUCCUGCACAGCCUGCCCACCGGCCCCUCCUCCGUCGCAGUACAUCAGCAGCUACCCGCCACCAAGCAACUACUACCCACCGCCGCCGCCACCGCCACCGCCGGCCGGUUACCCUCCACCGACGAGCACCUACCCACCGCCGCCGGAGCCAGGCUCGCAUGAGUACCCACCACGGCCAAGAUCGGCGGCAUGCUCUGAUUGCUCCGCGGACCGUGCGCCGCUCCCCUACAUGUCGCCGCCGCUGCACGACGCGGCCGUCACCUACCCGCCGCUCUCCGCCGCGCCGUGCUACCCGCCGCCGGCGACGUGGCAGCCCGGAGAUGCGCCGUACAGCAGCUACUACCCUCAACCUGGGACUCGCUACCUGUAGCUUCGUAGAGGAUGAAUUCUGCAAAACAAAAAAAAUGAUUCGGAGCUAGCUUAAUUAGCCUGAAUUGCACCAAAAAAAAUCACAAAAUCAAAUUGGAUCCUGCGAAUCCAUUGUGAAUGCUUUGAUCUGCAGGACGCCAAGAUUGACAUUGCGAUCUGAUCAGCAUGCUGUGAUUUUGUAUGUUAAGAUGUAAAUCUCUUCUGCAAGGGGAAAAAAUGAUCUCUUUUGAUGCUCCCUGUGGGCGAGAACGCCUCAAAUUGUAUCCACUGAUAACCAAAAAAUUUGACAUGAAUCAGCAAAGACAAAUAACAUGUCAAUAUGUACUCUGUUACUACUAUUUUUUUUUGUCGAGGGAAUGAUCAUUUGUUGCGAUGCGACAUGUA